AUGUCGCAUCUCCAGGCUUCCAACCUUUUCUCCGUGCAGGGGCGCGUGGUAGUCGUCACCGGCGGAGGCAGUGGUCUCGGCCGGAUCAUGGCCCGCGCUCUGGCCAUCAAUGGCGCCGCAAAAGUGUUCGUCCUUGGCCGUCGUGAAGAUGCGCUCCGGGAGACGGCAACCCUCGCACCUGCAGGGAUCGUCAUUCCCGUCCAAUGCGACAUCACGUCAAAGGAGUCGCUUGAAUCUGCAUACCAAGCUGUGGCGGCACAAACCACUCACGUUGACGUCCUGUUCGCCAAUGGCGGAAUCUUGGGCCCGCUGAUGCGGUCACCGGAGCCCAAGGCAGAUGGCACACCACCCUCAUUGACUGAGCUUCGCGAUGAGUUGUUCAACGUCCCCAUGGAGGAGUUCACCCAGGUUCUCAACGUGAAUGUGACUGGUUCCUACUACACCGUACUGGCCUUUUUGCCCCUAUUGGAGGAGGCCAACAAGCGACGUCCGGCGCCGCAGGACGGUGUUCUGACUCCACCCACGGCGCAGGUCGUCAUCACCAGCUCUAUUGCCGGCUUUGUGCGAAAGGUUCCGUUCAGCUAUGCCUAUAAUGCUUCCAAGGCUGGCACGAAUCAGCUGGUCAAAAUGCUGGCAACUGGUCUGGCCGCCUACAACAUUCGAGUCAAUGGGAUCGUCCCGGGACUCUACCAGUCCGAAAUGGCCCAGAAUGUCUUUGUCGCCCAUGGCCAGAGUCAUGUCAUGGGGGGCAUAUCCGAGGGGUCCUUCCCCAAGGAGAUGAUUCCCCUGACUCGAGCGGGAAGCGAGGAAGACUUUGCCGGUCUGGUCGUCUGGUUGGCAAGCAACUCGGGCGGCUAUGUGAAUGGGAACCUGCUCGUCACCGACGGAGGCCGGAUGAGUGUUGUGCCCACCUCUUAUUAA